AUGUGGCCUCGCGCGAAUCGUGGGCUCAGUUUAACCUUGGAUCAAUUUACUCUCAGCUUGGAGGUGUUCAGGUGGAUCCAACUCCCGGUUUCUUAUAAUACUGAUACUCCCAUUGACUUUCUUCCCUCUUUGUAUACUUUGAAACUGCAAACCUUUACGUGGCAGCUGCCGCCACCCACAUCAUGGUAUGUACUAUCGCAGACAACACGAGACCCUAGCUCACGCACACAGAAUUCUCUUUUCAACUCCGCAUUGAAGCAGUCAUCUGCCAUUCGUCGGGAUUUGGACACGUUUGCGCAGUCUCCCGCGACUUCUUCGGCCGCUCUACAAGGCCAAAUCGCUGCGUCAUUAGCCUCCAUAUCGCGAACUAUCGACGACUACUCAGCUCUGUCGAAAAAGGAACUGAUUCCGGAGAAGCAACAAAAGGCCUUUGACCGGGUGAAGAACUUCCGCAAUGAGCUGGCAGAUUAUCGAACACAAUUUGACCGGCUGCGCAAAGAGCGAGAGGAUGCACAAUCGGCUACCAACCGCAGUGAGCUUCUAGGUCGUCGACCACACCACGCCGCUACUCCCGAGAACCCCUACGCUCAAUCCAACCUCCCACAAGCCUCAUCUUCUUUUGCGCCAUCCUCCGGGUUAAGCUUUGGAGGUGGCCCCGCCGAUCACACCCGCGAAAGCCAUGCGUUGCGCGAACAGUCUUUCUUCUCUAACACAAACACUCAGUUAGAUGACUUUUUGGACCGAGGACGUGCAGUGCUGGCAGAUUUAGGUCAACAGCGAGAGGUAUUGAAGGGUACCCAGAGGAGAUUGUAUAGUGUUGCCAAUACGUUGGGUAUGAGCGGAGAUACCAUCCGCAUGGUUGAGCGACGAGCUCGACAAGACAAAUGGAUAUUCUGGGGCGGCGUGAUAAUUUUCAUACUGUUCUGUUGGUUGGUACUGCACUUCUUGCGGUAA